UUGCUGCUGAGAGCUAUUCUCAGUGUGCAAUUCGACUUGUUGAAGUGAAGGUGAAUAAAAUAAAAAAAAAAAUUUUGAAAUGUAUGCCACCGACGAACAUAUCCAGGGCUUCUCGUCCUGGAUGCAAUACGUCAUUCACCGCGGUGGAUCCAGGACCAUCUUACAGAUGGGUGUUCUCGUGGGUAGCUUGGUCGGGUUUAUAAACCCGACCAAUGCUAUCGAGGUGAUAGACGUGGUGUGGUCGAUGGCUGCGGGGCAUCUUCCACCGGAAUUGAUCCAGGCUCGGUGGUUCUUCGAAGGUGCCCUGGAGUCCACGGGGCCAUUUGAGGUUGUCAUGGCCCCCAACCAUGAGGAGAUCGAGGUAUUGUCGGUCUGCCUCAUGGAGACGGCCGAGAGCCUGUUACGCGACUGGACUCGGGAACUCCUAAGGCUCCAGUAGGGUUCCACGGUCGAAUAGGGGAAGAGGCAGAGGGAAGCCGAAAAAGAGAGGAAAAAAAAAAAAAAAAAAUUUUAUACCAUAAUUAAUAAAUAUUAAGUGUUAUAAAUAUCCAAAAAAAAAUUCAAUUUCGUGUGUGGUGUUUUUUUUCUUUCCAAUAAU